AUGUCUGAUUCUGAAUCAGAGAAUGUUGGAGGUGCCACAGGUGGUUCUGAUGCUAAUAUUACCCCUUUGGACGUACGACCAAAACAAUUUUCUUUAUCAACCAGUGACGGAGGAAAUAUUUUGGAAUGUUUCAGAAAGUUAGAGGUUAUUCCGGACACAGAUUCUACGGAAAGUUUUAUGCAAUGGAUGAAAGAGUAUCUGGAGUCUACUGGACACCAUGGAACAGAUGAUGUUGAGGUACCUUUAGAAGCUAGAGAUACUAGACCUAAGAGAACUAAUCCUGUUAAGUUAGAGCUACCAUCACAGAUACAGCAACCAAAGUUACUUACGACGAAACAUGACCCUUCUGCUACACCAACUACCAGCUUACACAGGCUUACAUCAGGUAGGACUACUUUAGCUUUGCCAAGAGAUGAAUUCCGUGCAAUUGAACAACCAACAGACAUAAUUACAGAACCUUCCAAAGAUAACGCUCCUGGUGAUAACAUUGUGGAAGAUUUAGCUCCUGUUAACCCUGAAAAUGAUGUUACUGAAUCGGAAUUACCACCUGUACCACCAGCUGAACUUGAAGUACGACCAACUCGAUUGAGACAACCUCCUCAAUGGGUACAAAGCGGUGAGUAUAUCCUGUCUCAGCAACCAGUUAACUUUUCUACCAGUCAAAGGAGGACAGAGUUAGCACGUUCCUUGUUACCUGCAGACUUUUCAACUUUAGCUCAUGACAGGUUGCGAGUGGUUUUGGAGAUGCUACCCACCCUGUGUAAGUCAUUAUUCCCCGAGGAAUUUAAUACUUAA